AUGUAUGAAGAAAUUAAGCAAUUUUGUUAUAAAAAAACUGUACCUUACCGACGACGACGCCUCGAAGAUCAACGUUUGAUUAUAGGACAUUUUGUAAUGGCCGAAGAUAUUAUCGGUGCUCAAAAAAAACUAUGA